AUGUUCAAGGACCCAAAGAAUGUAGACCAAGUUAAAGUUAAAGAAGCUGCCCAAAAGAUUAAUAUACUAGGAAUAAGAGUCCUACGAGACCAGCUAUACCCGGUCAAAAUCGAUAAUACCAACCGGACAGCCAUCCUGGAUGCGGACGGGAACAUCCUACUAGAGGCAGCCGAGGCCUUAGGAAAGGAGAAUAAUGUUAACAUUGCUAAGAUCUCCUGGCUUAGUAAGAAGGACUCUAAUAAGGCAUAUGGAUCUAUGGUGGUAUAUAUUACAAAAGGGACUGAUGCCAAACGUUUAAUAGAUAGCAACUACUUCGAUAUAGCAGGAGAAUCCGCGUACACUCGAAUCUUUGAACCAUGA